AUGGAAACCCCCGGAGAGUCUCCUCCCCCGUCCCUGCCUCCGCGUCCGGAGCUACGAGAGAGGGGAGAAACGUCUGGUGCCGGCUCCUUGCGACUUGGCAGAAAGGCAUCUCGGCCUCAGCUUCUAUCUCAUGCCACCACCGCCCUUUCACUAGCCGAUGCCCAUCCCCCGGCCCAUUUGGACUCCGGCAGUCUGCACUCCUCUCCCGCUAGCAGAUCCAUCUCCAGGAGGCACAGUCCUUCGGGUCUCGGUCGGUUUGUCAGCAGUAACCCCAGCGAGGUUGAUGAUUCCGGCAGCAUCAAAAGCGACCUACCGGCGCUUGGCGCACCACUCGACGGCGAUGGACUGUGGGCCAAUGAGCCUGCUGCAGAAGCCAGUGCGGCAUGGAAAGCCCUCAGCGCGCAAGUAGAACGGGAUGAUCCUUUCCUGUUCGCCCUGGCCGAAGAUGAUGACAUCGCCAGCACGCAGAUCGAGCAGGAGUUCGACGACAAGCUCUCACAAAUUGAUGCAGAUGGAGGCGAGGAAGCCGUGACGGAGCGGUGGAAAGCCAAACUCAAACACUUCUUCAUCCUGUCUGCGUCGGGAAAGCCUGUAUACAGCCGGCACGGCGAUGACCAGACGAUUAGCCACUACAUUGGAGUCGUGCAAACGCUGUUGUCAUUCUAUCAGGGCGCGAAUGAUCCGCUCAAGACCUUCACGGCCGGCGACACUCGGUUCGUGAUUUUGUCGAAAGGACCACUCAACUUGGUGGCCAUUAGUCGGCUGGGGGAGAGCGAUGCUCAGCUGAGAAAUCAGCUGGAGUCGUUGUACAUGCAGAUCCUGUCUACAUUGACGCUGCCUUCCCUACAACGCAUGUUCUCUAACAGGCCCUCAACAGACCUUCGUCGCCCAUUAGAGGGAACCGAUGUGCUACUAGACGGUCUUGCGGACGGAUUCACUCGAGGCUCGCCCUCCACGCUGCUUUCCGCACUGGAAUGUUUACGACUGCGAAAGACGAACAGAAGAGCCAUCGACGAGACCUUGUUGAAAGUGCGAUCGCCAAACCUACUCUACGGCUUGAUUGUGGCCGCGGGUCGGCUGGUAAGCGUGGUGAGGCCUAAGAAGCACUCCCUGCACCCCGGCGACCUGCAUCUCGUCUUCAACAUGCUCUUCGAAGCCGGCAGCAUCAAAGCAGCCGGCGGCGAGAACUGGAUUCCACUGUGUCUACCCGGCUUUAACAACACCGGCUUCGUCUACAUGUACGUCAGCUUCUUCUCCACCUCCGAAAGCACCACGACGCCGGAGACGGAGCGCUCUUCCACCGCAGGCAAAGACGACGAGCUGGCCAUCGUCCUCAUCAGCGCAGACAAGGAAGGCUUCUUCGACCUCCGCAAGAUGCGCGAUCAGCUCGUCGCCCAACUCGAGAAGAACGGCAGCAUGGCCGUGAUCAAAGCGGCCAUCAGAAAAGGCCACGCUUCCUGCGCCGACGUCGUCCCCGGCACGGUCCUAAAGCACUUCCUCUACAAAUCCCGCGGCAACGUGCAAUUCGUCAUGCCGUCUUUCGAACCCCAUUUCCACGGCCUGGUGGCCCGGCGGAAACUCAUGUCCCUCUACCAGCAUCUGCACGAGAGCAUACAUUCUCGCACGGCGCAUUUGAAAGUGCAGCAUUGCGUGGGGAAGAGCGCGACGUCUUUGGUGUGGGAGACGCCGCUGUUUGAGCUGUACUGCGUGGCGGGCUCGACUGCCACUCGGGCGCAACUGGUCCAGGGCGCCAACCGCGUUGUCCAGUGGAUUCGGAGGGAGGAAGAGCGGGUGUUUAUCAUUGGCGGUGCGGUGUUCUAG